AUGUGGGUAUUUGGUGGUGGCGAUGCUGCUCAAAAGACCAACAUUGAGGAGGCGAAUAAACAUCUCUCUGCUAUGGCUAAAAGAAUCGAAGAGUUGGAAAAGAUAGUAGAAGAUCAGAAAAAGGAAUUGGCCGAAAAAGAGGAACUUUCCGCUCAGUGUAUAAAACAAUAUACAGACAACCACUAUGCAGAAGUGGGAAAUCUAAAUGCCAAGAUCAAGGAUCAGGCUUCCACAAUCCGAACUCUCCAAGGUGAUCUCAAACGUCGGGAUACCGAAUUAAACGUUCUUCGUCAGCGAGCUCGUAUGCUGGACGAAGUGAUGCGUUAUAAGGCUAGUCUCGCCAAACUAACAAUCACCCUGGAACAAGCAGAACAGUAUUCCCGUUCACUCGCUGGUAGGGUCGGCCUCAACGAUCAACGGUUUGCAGUUAGUAACAAUAAUGUGGCUGUCUUUACAGAUCCCGCUCCUAGACUUGAGGAGCAGUCAUCUUCUAGACCGCCGUAUUACCUUGUCGAUGAAAUGCCAGACGAUGAACUGGUCAAUAAAGUCGGUGAAUCCUACGUUAAUGGAGAAAAACGAAAUGCCGCCAAGGAAAAUGGCAAACCAACGUUGGCAGAAAUGGCCAAACCCAAAUUGAUUCCUUAG